UUGCGAGAGAAAAAUUUUGAGUCACAGUUGCUCUCGCAUGAGUCCAAACCAACAUCACUUUUUUCUUCUUCUCUAUCUUUCUCCCAUUUGAAUUCGUCUCUCUCCUAUUCAAUCGAAGAUUUCGGUCUCUUAUCAUCUGUCCAAGAGAGAUUCGAUCUUCGUUUCUUCUGUUUUUUGCUGCCGUUUCGAGUUUCUGGGGCUUCGAUUUUCAGAUUUGUACUUCAAGGAGAUGCCGGAGAUGAUUUUUCGAUUUCAUGAUCUUGAAUUGUGACUGCUUCCAUCCAUACCAUUUGCUCGGAGAAGCUUUUGAAAACCCGAAGAAGACAUGAGAAAGCAUCGUUUUAGAGAGAACUUGAAGUCUUUCUUUGGGCAUCAUGUCGAUCCUGAUAACGGUGAAAUGCUCAAAGGGGCGAAAACUGAAAUAGAUGAAAAGGUGAAAACGAUUUUGACACUGGUUGAGAAUGGAGACCUGGAGGAAAAUGGCUCUAAAAGAGAAGCAGUUGCAGAGUUAGUGAAGGAAUUCUACAAUGACUACGAGUCGCUCUAUAACCAAUAUGAUAAUCUAACUGGGGAGAUUAGGAAAAAAGUUCACGGAAAACGGGAGAAUGACAGCUCUUCUUCUUCUAGCUCUGACUCAGAUUCUGAUGAUUCUUCAAAGAGGAAGAGCAAGAGAAAUGGGCAGGUUGGAAAUGACUUAGGGACAGAUAGCUUGAAGCAAGAAAUUGAAGCUGCAAAUCUUGAAAUUGCUGAUCUGAAAAGGAAGUUGACCUCAGCAGUUGAAGAAAAAGAAGUUAUAGAUUCGGAGUACCGAAUAGCUUUGAGUAAGUUGAAAGAAUCAGAAGAAAUCACAGGAAAUUUGAAGCUUGAAACUGUGAAGCUAGAUGCUGAAAAAACAAUGCUUUUGAGCGAGAACAGAGAACUACAUCAGAAACUGGAGUUUGCAGGCAAGACAGAAGCCGAUCUAAACCGAAAACUGGAAGAUGUGAAAAGAGAGAGAAAUGAAUUGGAAAUGGAGAGAGACACCGGAAUCAAAAGAAUUCAGGAAGCUGGGAAAGUUGCAGAAGAUUGGAAGACCAUGACUGAUCAGCUCAAAGAGGAAGCUGCUAAUUUGAGGCAGCAACUAGAAUCUUCGGAACAGCGAGUUUCGGAUCUGACCCACAAUCUGAAUAGCACAAAGGAAGAAAACAAAUCUCUGUCCUUGAAAGUUUCAGAAAUUUCUGGUGAGAUCCAGCAGGCACAGAUCACCACACAAGGACUCAUGGCUGAAUUGGGAGAACUACAUCAGAAACUGGAGUUUGCAGGCAAGACAGAAGCCGAUCUAAACCGAAAACUGGAAGAUGUGAAAAGAGAGAGAAAUGAAUUGGAAAUAGAGAGAGACACCGGAAUCAAAAGAAUUCAGGAAGCUGGGAAAGUUGCAGAAGAUUGGAAGACCAUGACUGAUCAGCUCAAAGAGGAAGCUGCUAAUUUGAGGCAGCAACUAGAAUCUUCAGGACAGCGAGUCUCGGAUCUGACCCACAAUCUGAAUAGCACAAAGGAAGAAAACAAAUCUCUGUCCUUGAAAGUUUCAGAAAUUUCUGGUGAGAUCCAGCAGGCACAGAUCACCACACAAGGACUCAUGGCUGAAUUGGGAGAGUUGGAAGACAAACACAGGGAAAAAGAAAACAAGCUAUCAAGUUUGAUGGAGACACACGAGGUACAUCAGAGAGAUUCAUCGGCUCGGAUGAAAGAAUUAGAAGCACAAGUCGGAUCUUCCGAGCAACGGGUUAUAGAUUUGAGUCAGAGCCUGAACUGCACAGAAGAAGAGAAAAAAUCACUGUCUCUGAAACUUGAGGAAAUCUCAAACGAUAUCGAACAGGCACAGAACACAAUACAAGAACUCAUGGCUGAGUCAGGACAGUUGAAAGAGAGCCACAGCGUGAAAGAGAUGGAACUUUCGGGUUUGAGGGAGAUCCACGAGGCCCAUCAGAGAGAAUCAUCAGACCGGGUUAAAGAGUUAGAAGCACAGUUGGAAACGUCAGAACAUCGGGCUUUGGAUUUGAGACAGAGUCUGAAAACCGUAGAGGAAGAAAACAAGUCCCUAUCCUCGAAAAUCUCAGAAACUUCAGAUGAGCUCCAGCAGACACAGAACACUAUACAAAAACUCGAGACAGAAUCAAGAGAAUUGAGAGAGAAACUCGAUGAAAAAGAGAACGAAGUUUUGCAUUUGGAAGAGAAAGAAGGUGAAUUGUUGGGACAACUAAAAGAACUAGAAGCACAGGUGACAAGCCUGGAGAUGGAGCUGGAGUCAAUCCGCACCCAUAACAGAGAUCUGGAGACACAGGUUGGAAGCAAGGCCUCUGAAGCAGAGUUACUGGACAAGCAGAAUCAAGGGUUGCUUUCCCAAAUCUCAGAACUUGAACUUGCAAUUAACGAGAGAGGAAAUGAACUCUCUGCUCUUACCGAUAAACUCGAGGACAGCAAGAACAAAUCAUCAUCAAAGAUCGAGGGUUUGACAGCUGAGAUCAAUGGCUUACGGGCAGAACUGAAUUCACGAUCGGCUCAGAAGGAAGAAUUGGAAAAACAAAUGGUGAGCAGUGGCGAUGAAGCAUCGGUGCGGAUUGAAGGCUUAAUGGACGAGAUUAAUGGUCUGCAACAGCAAGUAGAGUCCCUUCACAGCCAGAAAGCAGCACUCGGGAGCGAACUUGAGAAAAAGUCCGAGGAAAUAUCUGAAUAUUUGACUCAGAUUACAAAUCUGAAAGAGGAGAUCGCUAAUAAAACCGCAGAUCAUGAAAAGAUUCUGGAAGAAAGGAACAGCUUAUCCGAGAGGGUCAAGGGUUUAGAAGUUGAUCUGGAAAGUCUACAGAGACAGAGAAGCGAACACGAAGAAAGCCUAAGAAAUAAAACUGAUGAGAACAAUCAGAUCAGAGAAAAGCUUAACGAACUCGAGAAGUUACUUGCAGAGAGAGAAGUUGAACUGUCUGAUCAUCGGGAAAUUCAUUUAAGGGGCGAGAAUGAAGCAUCUGCUCGGACAACGGCCUUAACAGAACAAAUCAAUGAUCUGAGACGGGAACUGGAUUCUCUACAGGCACAGAAGAACGAAACUGAAGCAGAGCUCGAGAGAGAGAAACAGGAGAAAUCCGCAUUGCUAAAUCAGCUCAACAUCCAUCAGAGUUCUUCGUUGGAACAUGAAGCAGCUUACAAUAAACUGAGCGGGGAAUACAAACAAAACGAAAGUCUGUUAAAAGAACAGGAGGCAACAAUCAACAAGCUGAACGAGGAAUACAAACAAGCUCAAGAAACGCUAGAGGAGUACAAGACGAAGAUCAAAGAUUUGGAAAGAAAAAUAGAAGAGAAGGGUAAUGAAAUUUCGAUCAAAGAUUACGCGAUCGCCGAUCUUGAGGAGACAAUGGACGGCCUGAGGAACGAGAUAGAGGUGAAAGCGGAUGAGAUCGAGACUCUGAUGGAGAAGAUCAGUAACAUAGAGGUUAAACUCCGCCUCUCGAACCAGAAACUGAGAGUGACAGAACAGGUGCUGUCAGAGAAAGAGGAGGCUUUCAGAAAGGCCGAAGCAAAGCACGCGGAAGAGCUGAGAAUGAUGGAAGAGAAAAUCGAGGCAGCACACGAAGCGUACAGAGGAAUGAUAAGAGAAAUCUCGGAGAAAGCGAAUGCGGGGAUGGAAGGGAUUCAGUCCGUGGUGGAAAGACUCGUUGAAGAGUAUGGAGAGUACGAGAAAACGGUGGUGGAAGCGUCGAGGACAAUGUGGAAGGCAACGAAUUGGAUGACGGAAGCGAAGGGAGAGAAGGAGAGGGGGGAGGAAGAAGGGAGGGAGAUGAGGGAGAGGGUGAAGGGGUUGCAAGAGAGAGUGAGGGAGGGGGAGAAGGAGAAGGAGAGGAUGAAGGAGAGGAUGAAGGGACAAGAGGUGGAGAUGUCGGGUUUAGGGGAGGAGAAGAGGGAGGCCAUUAGGCAGCUCUGUCUCUGGAUUGACUACCACAGGAACAGGUUUGAUUCUCUGAGGGAGACCGUUGUGGCCAGGAGACAGAUUCCACAUCGUUGAUUUCUUCUGCUUCUCCCUCCUCGUCAGUUGUUGUAUGUUUCCUUCCAUCAAUCUCUUUAUACACAUAUAUAUGAUGUUCCUUUUUGUUCUUGUGUAUUGUCCGGUGGGGUCGUCGUUUGAGUUGCUAGGUCACUGUCUUUCAUAUUUUUUAUAUUCAAAAUUGUUUUUGUUUCUCUAUUAUUUUAAAAGAAUAUUUUGGGUUUGGGUUUGGGUAUUAUUCCGUGUAUGUUGUUUUUUCCUCAAGGGAGAUGAGAUGAAUUUCCUGUUUGUUUUUUUUAAAAAAAAAAAAUUGUUUGUAAAGAACGUCUGUUGCCAGUGUAGAAUAUCGAUGUUAUUGUUUUUU